AUGAUUCCUAGUUUCCAAACAAUCAGCCAAAGCCUCCCUCCACGCUUAAGGCCAACCUUCUUUUUAGGAGUACCAGUCUUCUCCUUGAUCUAUCUACUACUAUAUUUUCUAUCUGGCAACUCCAAAUCUCCUCAGCUUGGCUGGUGUAAAAGUUCUGACAUUUACGGGGAAAUCUUUCACUCACCGGAGGCUUUUAAGCUGGACUAUGAGCAAAUGGAGAGGGAAUUUAAGGUUUUUGUGUACCCAGAUGGGGAUCCAAAUACAUAUUACCAGACACCAAGAAAACUUUCUGGGAAGUAUGCAAGUGAAGGGUAUUUCUUUCAGAAUAUCCGAGAAAGUCAAUUCUUGACGAAUGAUCCCAACAGUGCUAAUCUCUUCUUUAUCCCCAUUUCUUGUCACAAAAUGAGAGGCAAGGGAGUUUCCUCUGGAAACAUGACUACCAUUGUGACAGAGUAUGUGGAGAGCUUAAUUUCCAAGUACCCAUUUUGGAACAGAACUCAAGGAGCUGAUCACUUUUUUGUCACUUGCCAUGACAUUGGCGUCAAGGCCACUGAAGGACUACCCCAACUCAUUAAGAAUUCAAUUCGAGUUGUGUGUUCAUCACAAUAUGAUUCUGGGUAUAUUCCACACAAGGAUGUUUCCCUCCCUCAAAUUCUGCAGCCAUUUGCUCUUCAGGAUUCUAACAUUGGCUUAAAGGAUAGGAGUAUCCUUGCUUUUUGGGCAGGUUAUCGCAAUUCAAAAGUGAGAAAACAACUAGUGCACAAAUGGCAGAAUGACAAAGAACUUGACAUCCAGAACAAUCACAUUGAUAAAAAGAAUGCCAUUAUGGUGUACCGAACCAAGAUCUAUAGGAGUAAAUUUUGCAUCUGUCCACGUGGUUCCCAAGUCAAUAGCGUUCGCAUUGCUGAUUCGAUCCAUUAUGGAUGUGUUCCUGUUAUCUUGUCGGACAACUACGAUUUGCCAUUCAAUGACAUUCUUGAUUGGAAUAAAUUUUCUUUGAUUCUUAAGGAGGAUGAUGUUCCUCGGCUGAAGAAGCUUCUUAAAGGCUUAUCAAAUACACAACAAUUCAUUAAGUUGCAUGAAAACACAGUCAAGGCUCGGAAGCACUUCCAGUGGAAUACACCUCCAAUCAAGUAUGAUGCAUUUCAUAUGGUCAUGUAUGACCUUUGGUUAUGCCGCCAUGCUGUUAAGUACCAAAUUUUCUGA